GUUAACUGCCAUCUUCACUCAAAUGAUGAGCUCUAGUCCUACAAGCCAACUCCCACAGUUACCUCAAGAGCUAAUCAACGCCAUCAUCGACUAUCUUUUGGGCGACAUUCCUUCUCUCCGUGCUUGUUCCUUGGUAUGUCGGGCUUGGACAGAACAUGCACAGGAGAACAUUUUCCACGAGCAGCGCUUUUGCACGCCUGAAUCCAUUCGUGGCGACCUUCAUAAAUUUCGAGAUCUUCUUUGCAUGUCUCCACACUUAGGAGCAUUUGUGAAAACUAUCAAGUUGCAUGCUUUUCCAGAUGGGUGGAUAGGUUGGAUACACCCCUCGAGGCAUCAUGAAAUGAAUACAGCAUCUCCCCAAGUUUUCCCCCUGUUGACCAACUUGAAGGCAUUUUCAUUCAAACUUGAACAUGAUGAUUCGUGGGACCAGAUUGUUGGGGUGUCCGUCGCAGACGCGUACAAGUCGACACUUCGCACCGCUUCUCUCACUCGUGUCCAUUUAUCUUGGAUCACGUUUGAUCUCUAUUCCAACUUCCUGCAUCUUAUGUCGGACCUGCUCGCUGUCCGCGAGCUCAGUCUUUCGGCAAUCACCAUCAAAACUUUCGACAAUGCUAUGCCCGCCAAGCGAAAUGGUAACCGGCCCCUUCGUCUGAUUUCUCUUCACUUGAAUUUGGACGCUACCCUUCUACAAAACUUUACACGGUGGCUUGUGAAUGAUAAGUCCCCCUUUGAUCUCGGCCAAAUACGGAGCCUCACGGUGCUGUCCACGUAUGACCGAACCCAAAUUGCUACUUUACCAAGUGUGAGUGCGCUCGAGAUCAUCCUCAAGCGCAUAGAGACAGGCACGAUCAUACAUCUAGGCCUCGAAAAUGCUUUGUCAAGCCCCUUGUCAUCUUUUCCGUCGCUUCGAAAUUUGAAGAUGAUCAAAUUGCUCAAGCACCCUUUCAUCCCUUCUAACUGUAUAACCUUCUUUGCGCAGGAAAUUAUUGAGGGAGGGCCGCAUGCCGUAGAAGAGUUUACUGUCCACUUCGAAGCAUAUCGUGACCAGAUCGGCUUCUCUGGGAAUAAUGAGGACUGGCGUAUCUUGGACCCAAUUUCCGGUACAGACUGCCACGUUCGAGUGCGCUUUACCUUCCCCAUACUGCUCGAGGAAUAUUGGGACGAGGCUGUAUCCCAUUUCACCAGCCAAAUACAAACUGCGCUUCCAAAUCUCUAUCGCAAAAACUUACUUCAUCUUGAUUUCCAAAUUUUCUCUGAAGAUGAAGGAGACGAUCGGUAUCAACCAUAUGAUGAUAUAUAUCAGUAUUACACUCGUGGAUAAUAAUACUGCUUGUUUUCAAGAUGUGCAUGAGCCUGUAGCUCAUAUUCACGUCGAAAAUACGUUCAGGAAUAUGUUACAUGCUCAAUUUGUGUGGUUAUCUAUAAUGAUGACUUGCAGGAGGGUCUAUAUUGAAUACAUGCGAGACAACCUCCAUCGAUUACGAUC